AUGAUGGUGCUUGUGCACCAAGACAGCAUGCAUGUCCUGGUGGGACAGAAGUUUGCCUGUGUGUUGGGGGACGACGUUGAGCUUGACACCGAUCACGUAGCGGACUGGCCAUGGAGGAGCGGCAUCAUACGGGCUGCUUCCCAUAAAGAAGUGAGCUGUACAGAGCUGAAGGUUUGUGUGGAGUUUGAAGAUGAGCCAUGGGAGAACAGAAUAUGGAUUGAUAUAUAUGGUGCCCAAGUCCAGUUGUUCUUGGUUGAGCACAGCCUGGCAGUGGCUGAUCGCCAGUGUCCAAGUAACCCCUCGGUAUCUGUGCUGUGUCCAGCAAUGCAAUAUAAGGCGUUGGUGGCCAAAGUGUCUAUGGAACCCAUGACAUGCAUACAGUUUCUUGGGGACAAGAACAAAGUCUACAUGCAUACAGAAGUUGUGAAGCCUGUGCGGGAUCGGGAGAGCUUGAAGCAGUUUAUGCAAGGAAACCGGACUUUUAACAAGGCUUUUCAGGAGCUGAUAAGAAAAAAUGUGGAUGAGAGCCGCAUAUUACAAGGUGCCAAGAAUUUAGUUGGGACGUCUAUAAAGGUUUACAGCAUGAGUGAAGGAAUCCAGUGGUUCACUGCCACAGUGGUGAAUGCCAACAGCAAUUCUCGCACUCUGCAGAUUAAAUGUGAACAGGUUCCCAGUUUAACUAUUAUUGACCCAGCAUUAAUUCAUGUGGAGAUUAUGCACAACUAUGUGGAUAAAGUGAAACUCAAAAGACCUCAGAAAAGGCCAACUUCAGAAGGACCUCCAGUAAAGCCUGAUGCAAAGCAGACCUGUGUUGAACCAGCACCUGUUGAGGCUGCCCAGAAGCCAAGCUUCAUCACAUAUUCCAGAGAUGAUGGGAAGACCUUGGUAGUGGUGGAUAACCCAAAGUCUUCAGGAAAUCCUCUUCUGAGCUUCAUCAAAUCAUCUGACCAAGGAAAAACCGUCUCCAAGCAGUCUGUUCCCGUAGGAUUUGGAGAAGCACUACUAGGCUGUACAGCUACAACUCCUGCAAGCCAAGCGCAGACAUCCCGUGCUACUCCGCCACAAGCCAAUUCUCCACCAAACUUUGGUGCUGCCACACCUCCAGGGAAGUGUACCCAGAAUUUACCAGGUGAAACUUCCGUACUGAACGGAGAUGAGAAGAAUUUGUUCCUAAGUGUUGCAGCAUCUCAAGGCAGUACGGGUCUUGGAUUUGGAUUGGACAAGUCAGCUGGGCUGUUCUCCUCGGGCGGAGGUUUCUCUUCCUGGGCCAGCAACGCAAACGGGGAAAACGGACUGAAAUCUGAAAACCUCUUUGCUGCAUUUACAAAACCAUCCACAGUUUUCCCAAAAGGUUUUGAGUUUUCAGUUGAACGAUUUCCAGAGAAGAACACCCUUUCGGUGACUGAUUCUCCAAGGUUGGGAAGUUCCGAUGCUUGCAAGAACUUGUCAUGGAAGACAGAUGGCAAUCAUCGUCUGUUUGGCACUACUCCAUCAACAGAUUCGAAGCCUACCCCUGCUUUGUCAGCUGUAUCAACUGUUGCAAUUGACAUCAAAAGCAAGCCACAAACUAAUAUUCCUGUGAUGCCAAAAAAAGUUGAAGCUUCACUUUCGAAGAGCCCCAGUAAAAAUGAUGGGGUGACCUAUCCAAGAUCCAUACUAAUGGACCCACAGAAGCUGAAAAGGCUCAUGUCAAGUGGGGACUGCUUCGUACAGGAUGGUUCUUGUAAUGACAUCGCACCUCAUCUUCACAAGUGCAGGGAGUGCCGCCUGGACCGAUUUGGGAGGAGCAAGGAACAGAGAGAUUCUGCUGUUUUCUGCCGCUUCUUUCACUUCAGACGGUUACACUUCAAUAAGCACGGGAUGCUGAAGGAAGGAGGCUUCCUGACUCCUAAUAAGUAUGACGCUGAAGCCAUAAACUUGUGGCUUCCAUUAGUCAGCAGCGUUGUUGGCUUGGACCUGGACACAGCCAAAUAUAUCUUGGCAAAUAUCGGGGACCAUUUCUGCAAACUGGUCAUGUCUGAAAAAGAAGUGAUGUCAUCUGUAGACCCCAAAAAACAGGUAGCCUGGAAACGUGCUGUACGUGGUGUACGAGAAAUGUGCGAUGUUUGCGACACAACCAUCUUUAAUCUGCAUUGGGUCUGUCCUAAAUGUGGAUUUGGAGUGUGCAUGGACUGUUACAGAAUGAAAAAGAAGAGUAUGAGUGAAGGAAAUGACAGUAUCGAAAGUUUCUCUUGGUUAAAAUGUGCAAAGGGUCAGUUGCAUGAACCGGAAAAUCUAAUGCCAACACAAAUUGUUCCAGGAAAAGCACUGUAUGAUGUGGGUGAUGUGGUUCACUCUGUCAGAGGAAAGUGGGGAAUCAAGUCAAACUGCCCGUGUUCCAAUAGGAACCAAAAGCCUUUACCUAAACCAACUGUGAAAGAAGAGGUGAAACAGCAGAGUUCCAGCACUGAAACCACAAAUGGAACCUUACCUGAGCAAAGUAAGCCUUCCACACAAGAUGCUUUACCCCCUAGUAGUAAACCACCUUCAUCUUCAAGUUCUGGUCCUUUAAGUUGGCUGACAAACCUUCCCAACACAAAUGUCAACAAGGAAAACAAAGAUAACCCAUUCACAUCUACAGUGAAGACAGAAAGUAAAACACUACCCUCAUUUGCUAGUUUUGGGAAGCCAGCUGCCUCUCUGCAGCCAUUUAGCAGCUCCAUUCUCUCCCCUAUGAGCAGUAAUAGCUCUGGCUUUUUACGGAAUCUCCUCAAUUCUUCCACAGUCAAGCAAGAAAGCAGUGAGAAGAGCACUCCGAAGCUCCUCGAUGACAUCUUUGCAUCAUUGGUACAAACAAAACCCAUGACCGAUCCCGUCAGAAAGCCACAAGGGCUUGCGGUCCAACCAAGCCUCAUGGGAUUCAAUACACCACACUAUUGGUUGUGCGACAACAGAUUGCUCUGUCUGCAAGAUCCCAGCAAUAAAAGCAACUGGAACGUAUUCAGGGAGUGCUGGAAACAGGGUCAGCCUGUGAUGGUAUCUGGGGUCCACAAUAAAUUGAACAUUGACCUGUGGAGGCCGGAGUCUUUCAGGAUAGAGUUUGGUGAGCAAGAAGCCGACCUGGUGAACUGCAGAACCAACGACAUCAUCACAGGAGCUACCGUUGGCGACUUCUGGGACGGCUUUGAAGAUAUAUCCAAACGCCUUAAAAAUGAUCAGGGGGACCCAAUGGUGCUGAAGUUAAAAGAUUGGCCUCCCGGUGAAGAUUUCAGAGAUAUGAUGCCCUCUCGGUUUGAUGAUCUCAUGAAUAACAUCCCACUGCCCGAAUACACUAGAAGGGAAGGCAAGCUGAAUCUUGCUUCUCGGCUUCCAACAUACUUUGUGCGUCCUGAUCUUGGACCCAAAAUGUACAAUGCUUAUGGUUUAAUUACACCAGAGGACCGAAAGUUUGGGACAACCAACCUUCACCUUGAUGUGUCUGACGCUGCCAAUGUUAUGGUGUAUGUAGGAAUCCCGCAGGAUGAGGGUGAUCAGGAGCAAGAAGUGCUGAGGACUGUCCAAGAUGGAGAUGCUGAUGAACUGACCAUUAAGCGCUUUGUGGAGUUCAAAGAGAAGCCCGGAGCCUUGUGGCACAUCUAUGCAGCAAAGGACACUGAGAAGAUCAGGCAGUUCUUAAAAAAGGUGGCAGAGGAGCAGGGCCAGGAGAACCCCCCAGAUCACGAUCCAAUCCACGAUCAGAGCUGGUACCUAGACAGCAUUCUGAGGAAGAGGCUUCUGCAGGAACAUGGGGUUCAGGGCUGGGCAAUUGUACAGUUCCUGGGAGAUGUAGUCUUCAUUCCAGCUGGAGCCCCUCAUCAGGUGCACAACUUGUACAGCUGUAUAAAGGUUGCAGAAGACUUUGUAUCCCCGGAGCACGUUAAGCACUGUUUCUGGCUGACUCAGGAAUUCCGCUAUCUUUCCCAUACACAUACAAACCACGAGGACAAGCUACAGGUGAAGAACGUCAUCUACCACGCUGUGAAAGAUGCGGUGGCAAUACUGAAGGCAAACGAAGCCAGUCUUGGGAAGGUGUAA